GAGAACUAUAAAAUGAAGGGGCUUUGUAGGGUUUUAGGACCAGAUUACUACUCGGUCAAAUUUGAUCUCCCUUGUUUUUUUCCACAUCCAGUUGCGAUCUACUCAUGAGCUAUUUUUUGAAAAGAGCGUUGUUAUCUUCUCCAAGAAAUUCUUCUCUCAUCCCGGUCGUAGCUGUUGCUGUCGCGGGAUCGGGUCUAUUUUAUGCUAAGAGCAACCCGGAUUCCUUCACAAGGGUUUCUCUGUUGAUCCCUGCGCCAUUUCUUGAAUCUCUGCAAGUACCAUGGCGAGUCUCACAAGACUUGUUUCAGCCCCCUUCACUUCUGUCAUCAGACCCAGCGCAAUUAGGGAACCUUCCAUUAUUUUCUUCUAGAGUUAGUCCUACUCCACCCGUGGAUGUCCUUGUUGCAGCUGGAGACAACACAAAAUCUCAUGAUCGAUAUUUAGGCAGAGAUUCCUUUGCUAAUGCUGCUGCAAGGGUUGGGCCGGCUGUUGUCCAUAUAUCAGUUGCUCAGGUUGGUCCUUAUGGAAUUAAUGCCGGAUCAAAUAUGGGCUCGGGAACGAUUAUUGAUGCAGAUGGUACUAUAUUGACCUGUGCUCACCUUGUAGUUGGUUCUCAUGGCGUACGAGGAUUGUCCAAGGGAAAGGUUGAUGUUACUUUACAAGAUGGUCGGACAUUUGAGGCUAAAGUGUUGAAUGCUGAUUUACAUUCUGAUAUUGCAAUUAUAAAGAUCAAUUCCAAAACUCCUCUUCCAACUGCAAAAUGUGGUUCUUCAAGCAAGCUUCGUCCUGGUGAUUGGGUUAUAGCCUUGGGCUGUCCUCUUUCCCUUCAGAACACUGUAACAGCUGGUAUUAUAAGCUGUGUUGAUCGAAAAAGCAGUGAUUUGGGCCUUGCUGGAAUGCAUAGAGAGUACUUGCAAACAGACUGUGCAAUCAAUCCAGGAAAUUCUGGUGGUCCCCUUGUGAAUAUUGAUGGAGAAAUUGUGGGUGUUAAUAUUAUGAAAAGAUUAGCUGCAGAUGGAUUAGGUUUUGCUGUACCAAUCGAUGCAGUUUCCAAAAUCAUGGAGCAGUUCAAGAGGAAUGGAAGAGUUGUCCGGCCUUGGCUUGGAUUGAAAAUGGUAGAUCUUGAUGGCAUGAUGAUUGCCCAGCUCAAAGAAAGAGAUGCUUCAUUCCCCAAUAUUGAGAAAGGUGUUCUUGUAGCUAUGGUAACUCCAGGGUCCCCUGCUGAUCGUGCUGGGUUCCGUCUGCGUGAUGUCGUAAUUGAAUUUGACGGGAAGCCAGUUGAAAGCAUCAAGGAGAUCAUCAAAAUAAUGGGUGACAGAACCGGGAAACCCAUGAAGGUAUUCGUGACAAGAGCUAACAAUGAUUCAGUAACUUUGACUGUAAUUCCAGAGGAAGCCAAUCCAGACAUGUGAAGGACAAUCGUCUUCCUUUCUGCUGUAUAAAAUUGCAGCUUCUUUGAUCACCAUGGAAAUUUCUGAGUAUGCUGCAGAUCGUUUGUCAGAAAGUACAUUUACUGUCUCCCUGCCGGUAAAAAAGCAUCGAUUCGCCAUGGAAUUUUUUUACUGCAGGGUGAAAACUCUUGAUCCUUAAUUUUUGGUUGACAUCUUGAUUCUUGUUGGUUAUGAUAUAUGGAGAUUUUUCCAUUGGGAUUAUUCGUAAAAAUAUAAUUAAAGAUUUUACUGCAUUUUGGAAUGUUUA